AUGAGAAUUUGUUAUAAUUUUAUUGAUGAUGUAGAAACACAAUUUAAGAGACAAGGUUUUAGUAACAACAGUUUUGGAAAUCAAACCUAUAAGGCUGUUUCAAGUAUUAUUAAAGAUAGAAUGGCUCAUUACAAUAAUUUUGAAAAUGAUAAAAUUUACAAACUUAAAAAUCAAAUAGAUGCCACCAAAGAUGUAAUGAUUUCAAAUAUUGACAAAGUUAUUGAGAGAGGAGAAAAAUUAGAAACUCUCGUAGAAAGAACAGAACAAUUACAAGAUCAAGCAUAUGGUUUCAGAGGAAAAUCUAGAAAAUUGAAAAGUUCCAUGAAAAAGAGAAUUAUUAUCCUUUCAAUUAUUUGUAUUUGUAUUUUAGUUAUUAUUGCCCUUGUGGCAGUAUUUGCUGGUUGUAAUUUCCCAUCAUUUGAUCGUUGUAGAUCCACAACUCCAAAUAAUAAUAAUACUAAACAAUAA